AUGAGUUUAAAAAUAGUUGAGACAUUGGAGAAUUUAAUUAAAACAAUUCCUGAAGUUCAUUCAAUUUUAAUUUUGGAUUCUGAUGGAGUUCCUAUAGUUAGUGCUGGAGAAGAAAUACGAAAUAGAAGUCAAUAUUCUGCUUCAUACAAUACUUUGGUGGAGCAGUCAAGGAAGCUUGGGAUGGGGACACAAAAAUAUUGGAUUUUUCGUUAUGAAAUGAGCCAGGUUGUUCUUCUAAGUAUUGACCAAUUUGCCGUUUUUGUUAUGGCUUCUUCAAAUGCAAAUACUGGAAUUUUGUGUGCUUUACCUACACAAUUAAAAUCUGUAUUGGAUGAAUGUUCACAAAUUGUAAAGGAAGUAGCAAAUGGACAAAUUGCACAAAUUGUUGGACAGAGCCCUCGACGUUAA